AUGGAGUUCAUCACACUAAUUACGUUGCUCUGCUUCUUUCUCAGCGGCACCACCAUAGCGAUCGGACAACCGGCAAGUAUCGCCUUUUCUGAAACGGAAGGUGUGCUCAAACUUGGUGGGACUGGUCAAGCACCGACUAUAGUCAUCGACAGCAAAGAUUGGGCAGGUGUGACACGUGCAGGCAACGAUCUUGCGAAUGACUUCGGCCUUGUGACUGGAACGAAGGGGAAGGUCGUCUCAAGCACUUCAGGGCUCUCAGGUGCGGUAGUCAUAAUUGCGGGUACGCGGGUUCCAUCCACCUUGUACGGCUCGACUUCCCCUAUUAUCGACAGCCUGGUAUCAGCUGGAAAAUUCGAUGCCUCCAACAUCAAAGGGAAAUGGGAGUCUUUCUCUUCCGCUCUGGUAGAGAAGCCAGUAGAAGGCGUCGAUCGAGCUUUGAUCCUCGCUGGAAGUGACAAACGCGGCACCAUAUACGCCAUCUACGACGUCUCCGAGCAGAUUGGUGUGUCACCCUGGUAUUGGUGGGCAGACGUUCCCCCGAAGAAACACCCUGCUCUCUACGCACUUCCAGGGACGAAAACUCAAGGUCCACCAUCUAUUAAAUACAGAGGUCUCUUUAUCAAUGAUGAACAGCCUGCACUCACAAACUGGGUGAAAUCCAAUUACGGCGGAGUGUACAACAGCCAAUUUCAUGCAAAGGUAUUCGAGCUUCUGCUGCGUUUGCGCGCAAACUACUUCUGGCCAGCCAUGUGGGCCUCGAAAUUCCACGUAGAUGACAGUAAGAACGGACCACUAGCAGAGGAGAUGGGCAUCGUGAUGGGUACGAGCCAUACAGAGCCAAUGGCUCGCGCAGAUAAAGAGAAAGUCAAGCCUUGGGAUUGGAAGAGCAACCAAAACAAUCUGAAGAAGUACAUGCAAGAUGGGGCAACACGAAGUAAGAACUGGGAGGUGGUCUGGACGUUAGGUAUGCGCGGUGAUGGCGACACUGGGAGCCCGACCCUGGACGCGAAGUCCCUGGUCGACGUAUUCACAGCGCAACAAAGCAUCUUAAAGAGCACGCUUGGCGUGUCCAGUCUAAAUGCUGUGCCGCAAAUGUGGUGCGUGUACAAGGAGGUCGGGGGCUACUACCAGGCUGGGAUGAAGGUACCAGAAGAUAUCACUAUUCUCUGGAGUGACGACAAUAGCGGAAACAUCCAACGCCUGCCUAUUCCGAGCGAAGCAAACAGGAUCGGUAAUGCGGGUGUGUACUUUCAUCUCGACUAUGUUGGGUCGCUGUUGAAAUAG